CAUCAUGGCGGAGGAAGCACCUGCCGGCGCGAAAGAGAAGGAGCAAGCCGAGCUAUUUCGCUACUUGCAGGGGGAAAUAUCGUAUUCACAAUAUCAGAAAUGGAAGGAAAUGAAAUUGAAAACCGGUGGAUUGAUAGAGGAAUCAGAAGAUGACAUCACCAUGUCUGAGCCCCAGCCUGGGACGUCAUCGUGUGAGCUGCUCGACUCCCCAUCAAAGAUGGCUGGCAAGGAGUGGAUGGAUCUCUUCUCAGCAGCUGAAUCUGAGCUCACUGUUCAGUAUAUCACUGGUAAGAUUACGUUUGAAGAAUUCAGCAACAAGAUGGAGAACCGACAACAAGAGGCUGGGGAGGAGGAUGACGACAUUGAGAUGACCGGAGUGUCAUAUGACCCCUCCAAAGUCGUAGUAAAGAAGGAGCCUGUGGAGGGAGAAGAAGAGGAGGAGGAAGAAGAAGCAGUGGGAAGUGAUGAGGAAAUGAUGUAUGAAGACGACACCAAUGAUAAAGAUUGGGUGCCUUCAGCAUCAGAACACUACUCCGAGUCAAGCACUACUCCGACAACGAAAAAGGAGAAAAUGAAAAAGAAGAAGAAACUACCUUUGCAAAAAGAAAAGAAAAAAAGGACACGAAGAAUGAGGAAGAACGAGGUGCCGAAACAUCUGCAGGGCCUGAUGGGAGAGGCCAACCUGAGAUUUGCCCGUGGGGAGAAGGAGGAGGCCAUCAAGAUGUGCAUGGAGAUUAUACGAUUGGCCCCAAACGCCUACCUGCCUUUCCAGACACUGGGCAUGAUCUAUGAGGAGAUGGAGCAGCUGGAGAAGGCCAUGCAGUUUUUCCUGAUCGCUGCUCAUCUGCGUCCUGACGACAGUGAGGAGUGGGUGAGACUGGCAGAACUCUCACUGGAGCAGAACAACACCAAACAGGCAGUGCUCUGCUUCAACAAGGCUGUCAGGUAUGCCCCGGACAACUCGGACUGCAUCUGGCAGCGGAGUCACCUGUACGAACAGCUCGGGGAACACAAGAAGGCCUUGGAGGGAUACCAGCUCAUCCUCAAACUCCUCCCCGACGAUGAUGGAGAGAAGUAUCUGCAGCUUGCCAGGAACAUCACCAAGAGUUUCCACGAGAUUGGAGAGACUAUGCUGUCCAUCAACACCAUGAAGAAUGCUCUCCACAAACACCCCAAUCUCAUAACAUCAGAAGAUGUCAACCUUCUGCUGGAGCUUCAGAUGGCAGAAAGGUUGUUUCUGGAGUCGAUAGAGGUGUUGGUCAGUCACUGUGGUGUGGAGGUCUUGAUGCCUAACACUGUUGUGUGGAACUCGGAGAGCCCAGAGACCCCUGUUGACCCUCAAGACAAAGCUAAAUCACCACUCAGUUGUUUUACCCCUGACCUCCUGCCGAUUGAUCUCCGAGUGAAACUCAUUAUCUGCCUGGUCAACCUCAACUACGUCAAAGUGGCCAAGGGCGUGUGUCAUCCCCUGCUAGUGGAGGAUGUAGAGGAGACUGGUGAUCUCUACUUUGAUGUUGCUGAAGCCUACAUGGAGAACGGCCAUUACACAGAAGCCAAACCAAUACUGAAAACACUGGUCAGCUCAGAACACUUCAACAAGGCGGCUGUGUGGCUGAAGUAUGGGGAGUGCCUCAACUCCCUGGGGGAGCUGCAGGGGGCGGUGGAGGCCUACACCAAGUGUGUAGAGAAGGCACCAGGACACUUUGGGGCCAGGGUGUCGCUGUCCGCUCUGCAGCAGCAGCUGGGCAAACAUGAAGAGGCUCUACAGGUACUCUCCAGAGAUGAGCAGGACGACCUGUCUGAGGAUGACCAGAUGCUGCUGUUACACAAGUGCCACCUGCUGCACUCCCAGAACAAGGUGGUGGAGUUCCACACCUGCUGCCAGAAACUUCUCUUCAGCAGCUUCCUGUCCCGCUGUAAUGCCAACUUCAUGAAAAUUGUUUUCUCUUAUCGAACUCACAAACACCGAGCUGAUGCCUUGAGGACAUUCAUCGCAUACCAGGAUAAAACUGGAAAAGAUAACAUCCAAACAAUGGCUGCCACCACAGAGGGCAAGAAGAUGGUCAAAGUGGAUGAUCUCUGGGAUAUUUACAAGCAGCUGUUUGAGUCGCUGGUGCAACACGAGAAGUACGAGAACCUGCUGGAGAUCACGACCCUUGGACUGGCCUGUCCUCAGUUCAUGAAUGACCCAGUCAAGGUCAAGGAAUCGGACUUCAUGUGUCUGACGGCCUGCAUGUUGAUGAAGAAUGGACAGUUUGCCUACAACUUUGUCAAAGAUGAAUGUAUGAAGAAUUUAGAGAACAAUCAGGCAUGGAACCUGUUUGGCCAGGUCAUGUCAUUUGCAAUGGAUAUCCGACAUAAUCGAUUUGCCCUCAGACUCUGUCUCAAGCAUCCCGAGGUACGAGCUCUUGGCAUCAUCAAUGGCCACAACAGUCUCAUCAGCGGAACUUACAAGCACUCGCUAGGGGAGUAUAUGGCAGUGUUCCGGCAGACUCCGAGAGAUCCCCUCAUCAGCCUGUGUAUUGGGCUCUGCUUCAUCCACAUGGUGUGUCAGAAGUUCACCACCAAGAAACACUACCUCUUCACACAGGGUCUGGCGUUCCUCAACAACUAUGUGGAACUUCGGGGAGAGUGCCAGGAAACCCUCUACAACCUGGGCCGGGCCAUGCAUCAGCUUGAGCUGAAGUAUGCAGCUGUGUACUACUACAAGAAGGCUCUGGCAUGUCCUCCCAUCAUUAAACAUGAUAAGGGCAUAUUUGACCUGAGCAUGGAGAUCGCCCACAACCUGGCACUCAUCUACAUGAAAAGUGGCUCUCACGACCUCGCCCGCAUGGUGGUAGGGCAGUACUGCGUCAUUUGAGGCAUGACAUGACAAUGCUGACAUUCCUUGAGUGAUGGCUGUCGUGCAUCAGGAGGAAAGUUAAUAAUGUCCCUUGAGUUUCAUGGAGUCAAACAGCCAAGAUCAGCUCUACACUGUCCAGCUACUGUACAGGAACAUGGCUUCAGUCAAAAGAUGAAAGAGAUUGAUUACAUGCAAGACGUCAUCUGUAGUUUCACAGUAGUGUUGUGAACAGGAAUGGAGCAAUUGAACUGAUAUUAUCUGGAUCCAGAAAAUUGUUAUUCAAACAUGGACCAGUUUCAGAAGCACCUAACUCUCUACAUUGUAGUUUCUCAUGGAAUCUGUGGCUUGCAAACUUUCACCAGAUUGUGUGUGGGAAUAAAUUCAUCAUGAAACUACCAAGUCCAGAUCUGACACUAACUGACCUAUCAAAAUCAAGCUUACUAAACCAUACCCUCAGACCUGUGUUUCUAAACCAAUCAACAAUGGAAUUAGUAGAACAGGGGCUGACGUCUGUUCCUUUGAACCAAUCAGAUCCGGUACUCAAGGGCAAGGGAUCCAUAGAUGCACUCCUCUACAUCAUAAUUGUGCUGAGUUUUUAUGCUUUCAGCAUUGUGGUGCUAAUGAUCAAGUAUAUUCGGCGUGAAAAAGAGGAAGCCAAUUUACGAGAAUAUUACCAUGAGUAUGUUUCUCGGGACAAGUUUCACUCACCCAGGUUUCAGAACAGGCUGAAGAUGAAUGAAAUGCUCAGGAAUAACAAUCUGUCCUUGAAUUUGAGUCCUAAGAGGCCAAAAGGGACCGACUUGGAAGGAUUGGAGCAUCCAGAAGCAGAGAGACUUCUCAACAGACGUGAAACCCCAGUUUAAGCAUUUAAUAAUAAUAAUAAUAAUACAUGUUUUGUAUAAUUAUGUUUUGUAUCAGCAGAAUGUUGGUAAAAUGAAAUGGUUCCAUGGUAGUUCCUUCAUUACUAUAAUUUCCUCAAAUUCACAAGGAACUUUAUCUCAUCUUACAUUAAAAUACUACUAGCAAUUAAAUUCUGGAAAAAUAUAUGUCGUAUAUAAACAUUUCAGGCUGUCAGCAUAAACCACGAAAUUUACGAUCUUUCAACUGUUAUUUUUUCACCUAAAUAAUAUUCUAAUAAGAGCCCACUACUUCUAAUUUUGAGAGCGCCCUGGACGCUUAUUAUGUCAAAUAUGGUAAUUAGUUUACUUAGGCCUUAGGGAUGUUUCAUCUGAACUUUUUAACUCUUUUGGAAACCGUUUGUAUCCAGAAUGUUUUUGUGUGCAGUUUUCAUGUUAAAAUGAAACUACAGUGCUCAAGUGUUAACAUGUACAGAUGUGGUGUAUGUGUGUAUGUCUAUAGAUACUGUGUCAUUGUCUCAAUAUACAUAUUUAAUUA